AUGCAGUUCUCCGCCGUCCUUCUCGCUCUUGCAGCCAGCGCUUCCGCCGCCGUCCUUCCCCGUGAUGGUAUGGGACAGUGGCACGUCACCAUGCAAGUGGGCCCCGCCCCAAAAUAUGUCUACCUCCACGCCGAAUUCACUUCGGAUGAGUACCCUGGCGACAACAAGUUGAGGAGCACCUGUGUUGAGGCUCCCGAAGCCGAGCUUCCCGUUGUGCACGGGUGUGACCGCGCCGCUUUUGACUUCAAGUGGGAUGGAAAGUUGCUCAACGUUCAGCAAACUCUUCCCAGCGGUGCUACCCUCUUCGGUUCCGCCCCCUACGACGGCAGCACCAAGUUCGACAGUGUCAUCCCCGUCGAGAAGGCUGUCCUCUAA